CUCCCCGGGGGAGGAGGCUUAGGAACCGGGCACGCCGCUAUUAUAAUAACAGUUUAUCCGCUGUCCGCUGUUGCGUUUCGUCCAUGCGUGCGCGUAUGAGCGUGUGUUUGAGUUGCAUGCAAGAACAAAAGCAGCCACAUCCUCCUCUCGGCAUAAGGAAGGGCUCCAUCUAAAAAAGCGAUGAAGCACUUAUGUGGCAAUCUCACAUUCUGGGACUCUAAUUUCACGAAGCACACAAACCUUCCGGAUCUCCCAGCAUGCUUUCAGCUGUCUGUCCUGCCAUGGACUCCCUGCAUCUUCCUCUGGCUGACGUCUCCUUUCUACAUCAUCUACCUCAAGAUGAGCAACAGAGGCUACAUCAUGAUGUCUAUACUGAACAGAAUCAAAACGGUUCUUGGCUUGAUCUUGUGGAUCGUAUGCUGGACAGACCUGUUCUCUACAUUUCAUGAGAUGAACCAGAAUCAGCUUAAACCCCCAGUAUAUUUCAUUACUCCUCUAGUGCUUGGCAUGUCGAUGUUGUUAGCCACGUUCCUGAUCCAGUUCGAGAGGCUGAAAGGAGUGCAGUCAUCCGGUGUGCUCUUCAUAUUUUGGACACUCUCAGUUUUGUGUGCCAUCGUGCCUUUCCGCUCCAAAAUCAUGAAUUCCAGUCAAGCAGAGAAUGACAAGCUGAGGUUCACGACGUUCUACAUUUACUUCAGCCUCACCCUGCUUCAACUCAUCCUGUCCUGCUUCAAUGAAAAGCCUCCUCACUUCUCCACCGUGGUCACAGAUCCUAAUGUAUGUCCAGAAACGACUGCUGGAUUCAUCUCCAAAAUGACCUUUUGGUGGUUUACUAGCAUGGCGAUCAAAGGCUAUAAAUCUCCACUAGAGAAUAAAGAUCUGUGGUCACUGAACAAGCACGACAGUUCAGAGCUGGUGGUCCCCAAUCUGCUCAAUGAAUGGGAGAUGGAGAAAUCCAAAGCACAGAGCGAGCAGAGCGUGAAGGACCAGGCCGCAUUCAGGAAGACAGGCCCAGGCACUGAACCCAACCACGUGAGCGUCAGUCCUGAGGAGGAGGUUCUUCUGUCCAAACAGAAUGAGGCGAGGCAGCCCUCGUUCCUGAGGGCCCUUCUAAGGGCAUUCGGGCCCUACUUCCUCAUCGGCUCGGCUUUCAAACUACUACAGGAUCUCAUUACCUUCGUGAACCCUCAGUUGCUCAGGAUGUUGAUUGACUUCACCAAGCAGCCUCAGGCCCCGUCGUGGUGGGGUUUUUCACUGGCCUUCCUGAUGUUCGGAGCUUCCCUCUUACAGACCCUCAUCUUACAUCAGCACUUUCAGUACUGCUUUGUCACGGGCAUGAGGCUGCGCUCAGGAAUCAUCGGAGCCAUUUACAGGAAGUCUCUGGUGAUCACGAACGAGGCCAAGCGCUCGUCGACGGUGGGCGAGGUGGUGAACCUGAUGUCUGUGGACGCUCAGCGCUUCAUGGAUCUCACCACCUUCCUGAACAUGCUGUGGUCAGCGCCGCUGCAGAUCAUGCUGGCGCUCUUCUUCCUCUGGCAGAAUCUGGGUCCGUCGGUUCUGGCCGGUGUGGCCGUGAUGGUUCUGCUGAUCCCGUUCAACGCUUUCAUCGCCAUGAAGACCAGAACAUACCAGGUGGAGCAGAUGAAGUACAAGGACCAGCGCAUCAAGCUGAUGAACGAGAUCCUGAACGGUAUCAAGGUGCUGAAGCUGUACGGCUGGGAAACCUCCUUCAAGGAGAAGAUCCUGCAGAUCCGACAGCAAGAGCUGCACGUGCUGCGCAAGACGGCGUAUCUGAGCGCGCUCUCCACCAUGGCCUGGAUCAGCGCACCCUUCCUCGUGGCUUUGACCACGUUCGCUGUGUUCGUGUCUGUGGAUAAGGAGAACAACAUCUUGGACGCAGAGAAGGCCUUCGUGUCUCUGUCUCUGUUCAACAUCUUGAGGUUCCCGUUAAACAUGCUUCCUCAGGUCAUCAGCAGCAUCGUAGAAGCCAGCGUGUCUCUGAAACGCAUCCAGGAUUUCCUGAGUCACGAUGAGCUGGAUCCCGAGAGCGUGGACAGAAGAAACACGUCCGAAUACGCCGUGAGCGUCGUGAACGGGAAGUUCUCAUGGGCCAAACGAGACCAGGCCGCUCUCCACAACAUUACUGUGCUGGUGCCGCAGGGCUCUCUGCUGGCCGUCGUGGGUCACGUGGGAUGUGGGAAGACGUCGCUGGUGUGUGCCCUGCUGGGAGAGAUGGAGAGGAUGGAGGGUCAGAUCUCUAUACGGGGAUCCGUGGCUUAUGUACCGCAGCAGGCCUGGAUCCAGAACGCCACACUCCGAGACAACAUCCUGUUCGGCAGACCCUACGUGGAGCAGAAGUACCGCUGUGUGCUGGAGGCCUGCGCUCUGACCCCUGACCUGGAAGUGCUUCCCGGAGGAGACCAGACGGAGAUCGGAGAGAAGGGCAUCAAUCUGUCGGGCGGUCAGCGGCAGAGAGUGAGUCUGGCCAGAGCUCUGUACAGUGAAUCAGACGUCUAUCUGCUGGACGACCCUCUGUCCGCCGUCGACGCUCAUGUCGCCAAACACAUCUUCGACAACGUCAUCGGGCCUGAAGGAGCGCUGAAGGGCAAGACCAGGAUCCUGGUGACCCACGGGAUCAGCUUCCUGCCGCAGGUGGACAACAUCCUGGUGAUGGUGGACGGACGCGUGUCAGAGAUGGGCUCCUACCAGCAGCUGCUCAAGCAGAACGGAGCUUUCGCAGAGUUCCUCAGAAACUACUCUCUGGAGGAUAUCAUCGAAGACGAUGACAUCACUGAUUUGUUGGUUGAAGAGGAGGAGGAGGAGUUCCCUGAGGAUGCUCUCAGUAAUCACACAGAUAUGGUGGAUAACGAGCCUGUGGUUAAUGAGGCACGCAGACAGUUCAUGAGGCAGAUGAGCAUCAUGUCGAUUGACCCGGAGAACCCCAAGAAAAUGUCCCGGCGCCGGCGCUGCAGCGAGAGGAAACACCCGGAGUCUCCGACCGAGAAGAAGGAUCCGAAGGUGGACAAACUCAUCCAGGCCGAGACCACUGAGACGGGACGGGUGAAGCUGAAGGUGUAUUGGGAGUAUGCGAAGGCUGUCGGGCCGCUGCUGUCGCUCUUCAUCUGUUUCCUGUACGGGUGUCAGAGCGCCACCUCCAUCGGAGCCAACUUCUGGCUGAGCGAGUGGACGAACGACGCUCUGAACAACAGCACGCGGAAGACAACGUCCACCAGGGUCGGGGUCUACGCCGCGCUGGGACUGUCACAAAGUGUGCUGGUCAUGUUUUCCUCCUUUACUCUGGCUCUGGGGAAAAUCCAGGCUGCACGCAAGCUGCAUGAGACCCUGCUGGACAACAAAUUUCACACGCCCCAGUCGUUCUUCGACACCACUCCUAUCGGCCGGAUCAUCAACCGCUUCUCCAAGGACAUUUACGUGAUCGACGAGGUCCUGCCGUCCACCGUCCUCAUGUUCCUGGGCACCUUCUUUGCCUCUCUGUCCACUAUGAUCGUGAUCAUUUUCAGCACACCCAUAUUCGCGCUGGUCAUUGUUCCUCUGGCCUUGAUUUACUUCUUUGUGCAGAGGUUUUAUGUAGCCACGUCUCGGCAGCUUAAGAGACUGGAGUCUGUCAGCAGGUCUCCAAUAUACUCUCAUUUUUCGGAGACCAUCACAGGCACUAGUGUGAUCCGCGCCUACGGCCGAAACUCUGCCUUCGUUCUCUUGAGCGACAUGAAGGUGGAUGAGAACCAGAAGAGCUACUACCCUGGGAUUGUUUCCAACAGGUGGUUGGGGGUUCGCAUCGAGUUUAUCGGCAACUGCAUUGUGCUGUUCGCUGCGGUGUUCGCUGUGAUUGGGAAGGAGAAUCUCAGCCCUGGAUUGGUCGGUCUGUCUGUGUCUUACGCUCUGCAGGUCACUAUGUCCCUGAACUGGAUGGUGAGGAUGACCUCUGACCUCGAGAGCAACAUAGUAGCAGUGGAGAGAGUGAAAGAGUAUUCAGAGACACCGACCGAGGCUCCGUGGAUAGUGAAGGACAGACAGCCUCCUCCAGACUGGCCUCCGAAGGGGAACGUGGAGUUCAUAGACUACAGCGUGAGAUACCGCGAGGGACUGGAGCUGGUGCUGAGGAACAUCUCUCUGGAGGUCAGAGGAGGAGAGAAGAUCGGUAUCGUUGGACGGACGGGUGCUGGGAAGUCCUCGAUGACUCUGUGUCUGUUCCGUCUGCUGGAGGCGGCGCAUGGACAGAUCGUGAUCGACGAGGUGAAGAUUUCUGAGAUUGGCCUUCACGACCUCCGCUCCAAACUCACCAUCAUCCCUCAGGAGCCCGUCCUGUUCUCCGGGACUCUGAGGAUGAACCUCGAUCCCUUUGAGAAGUACAGCGAUGAAGAAGUGUGGAAAGUGCUGGAACUCUCUCAUCUGAAGAAGUUUGUCAGCAACCAGUCGUCCAAACUGGAUCUGGAGUGCUCCGAAGGAGGAGAAAACCUUAGUGUGGGUCAGAGGCAGCUGGUGUGUUUGGCUCGAGCUUUAUUGAGGAAGACCAGGAUCCUGGUCCUGGAUGAAGCCACAGCCGCGGUUGAUCUGGAGACGGACGAUCUCAUUCAGUCCACCAUUCGCACGCAGUUCGAGGACUGCACCGUUUUCACCAUCGCUCACAGACUCAACACCAUCAUGGACUACACCAGAGUGCUGGUUUUGGACAAGGGAAAGAUUGCAGAGUUCGACACGCCGACUAACCUGCUCGCUCAGAAAGGAAUCUUCUAUGGAAUGGCUAAAGACGCGGGUCUGGUGUGAGCUCAUACGCUGUAAACCGCUGUGCCUUCACACAGUGUCACACACAACGCCAGUGAAUGUAAUGUGUCUCUGUUUUUACUGAUGUACCCAGGAUCUUUGGUUGUUUUUAUAUUGUUGCUAUUAUUAUUAUUAUUAUUAUUAUUAUGUUUUAUGACUACAGUGCCGCUGUUACUGAUUCGUUUCAUGAUGAAUCAGUCUAUUUUUGUACUGGAUUAUUUAAGUUGUUUCUGCUCAGUUACACGUGUGAUUCUUUUUGUAAACUAAAAACCUUGAAUUCUGUUGCCAGAAUUGGAGUAUUGUUGCCUUUAUUAAAAAACAAAGAGUAA